GAACAAUGAGAGCGGACCAGGACUUGAUGGCUGGAUGAAUGAAUGAAGGGAGCAGUCCCUUCCAGCAGGUUGUCGGCUCUAAUCCCGCAGAGCGUCAGCGCGGAGCGGGCUGGGGCGGGGUCUCUGUCAGACCUGUUGUGCGGCUCUCGGUGCGGAUCUUUCUGCUCCGGGUCUCUGCUGGAGCCUCCGUGGAUUUGUGGAAGUUUGUCGGGCUCCUCGGACCCGGGUCGGACCGCGGAGGAGUCCCCGAGCUCAGGAAACGUCCUCCUCAUGAAGAAGGUUCCUCCUCCUCCUCCUCCUCCUCCUCCUCACGACCGAGUUUCCACAUCACAUCAGAAGGUUUCCUCAACAGUGUUCAGCCUCUUUCAGUUCUUCUCGUCUCUUUUUUACGGAGGAAUGAAAAGAAGACGGACUGUUUCCUGAAACAAAUAAAGAGGAGCUGCCAUGUUGGCCUCCUCCAUCGCCCCAUCACUCCUCCUCCUCCUCCUCCUCCUCCUUCCCCCUCCCUCCCACCCUGCAGACGCCUCGGUGCAGUGGGUGGAGCUAGAGGGAGACCCCCUGUCCCACCUGCUGCUGGACCCGGGGGCGGGGUUUCUGUAUGUGGGCGGGGUCGAUCACCUGUACCAGAUGACGUUGGACUUGAAGAUGGUGUCUCAUGUGACGACCGGCCCUCAACUGGACUCCCCCGACUGCCUCCCCCCCAUUGUCCCCCAGGACUGCCGCUCAGCCACACCCACUCACAACCACAACAAGCUGCUGCUGCUGGAGCCGGGGCAAGGGGCGGAGCCAGGGAGUCUGAUAGUGUGUGGGUCACUUUACCAGGGAAUCUGUGAGAAGAGGAGUCUGUCCAACAUCUCUCAGCUCAUCUACCAGACGUCCAACCCAGUCGACACUCAGUAUGUCGCCGCUAACGACCCCCGGGUCUCCACCGUCGGCGUGGUGAUAACUACCAGCAACAAACAGGAAGGGGGCGGAGCUGACGGUGUGUUGCGCCUGAUGCUGGUUGGUCGAGGCUACACCAGCAAAGGCCCUGGCGACAUCCCACCAAUCACGACGCGGCGCCUCUUCCCGGUGCCCCCCCCUCGCCGGGCGUUCUCCCAGGAGGAGGAGCUGGGGAAACUGGUCGUGGGAAGUUACUCUGAGUACAACAACCACUUUGUGAAGGCCGUCGCUCAUGGCAAGCAUGUCUACUUCCUGUUCUCGCGGCGGGACAUGUGGCACAAAAAGGAGUACCGGACCUACGCCUCCCGGCUCUGCACCUCCGACCGGAGCUUCUACUCAUACGUGGAGGUGCCGCUGCUUUGUGAUGGCGGCUACAACCUGGCACAGGGGGCGUGGCUAGGCAACCACUCAGGUGAGCCCGCCCUGUUUGUCGUCAUGGCAGCGGGGCAGGCGUCAACACCUGUGGCCACGAGUCGCUCGGCGCUGUGCAUCUAUGGGAUGGCGGAGCUGGACGCAAUGCUGCGGAGGGCGCAGGAAGUGUGCUACACGGAGGGGGGGCGGGGCAAUAGCGGGCAGGAAGAGGCCUACAUCGAGUACGCGGUGUCCUCAAAAUGUCUCAAAUUACCAAAGGUCUCUCUCUCAGAGUACCCCUGUGGGGGGGAACACACCCCCAACCCCAUCGCCAGCUCCGUGCCCCUCGCGGCCACGCCCACCAUCACCUCUGCCACCCAGCUGACUGCUGUCACCACGGCAACGGAGGCGGGACACUCCAUCGCUUUCCUGGGAGACAGAGACGGACGACUGUCCAAGGUGUUGGUGCACUCCGACCGGUCAGGUGAUCUCUACGGCAGUGUGUUGGUGGACGACGCCGGCAGUGCCAUCAGCGCUGACCUCCUAUUGGACGAGAGCCAGCAGCACGUUUACGUCCUGACCAGCGGCCGGCUGUCCAAGGUUCCCGUCUCGUCCUGUGAGAGACAGACGGACUGUUGGUCCUGUCUCGCUGUCAGAGACCCGUACUGUGGCUGGUGUGUCCUGGAGGGCAGAUGUUCCCGUAAACACGAGUGUGAGCGCCACCUGCAGCCCAACCACUGGCUGUGGAGCUUCAAGCCGGCCAAUCGGUGCGUGACGGUGCAGAGCGUGACGCCGGCCAAUCAGAGCAAAGAUGAGCAGACGCAGGUAACACUGUCAGUCCUCCAGCUUCCCGCCCUAACGGAGGCGGAGUCUCUGUCCUGUGUCUUCGGCGUCCUCCCACCUCAUCCUGCCGUCGUCACAGGAACCAGCAUCACCUGUCAAUCACCCGCGCCCCAGCUCCUCCCAGCCAUGCCGACAGGAAGUGAUCACAUGAUCCUCCCCGUGUCACUGACGUUCGGUCACGUGACCGUCGCCACGGGCAACAUGACCUUCUACGACUGUGGAGCCGUGAGUCGACUGAACCAGAGCUCCCAGUGUCUGGCCUGUCUCAACAGUCCAUGGACAUGUAGCUGGUGUCCUCUGGAUCAACUCUGCACCCACAACCAAAUCUGUCCCAACCAACACACCAUCCUCAACCAGAGAGACUCUCCUGGUCCCUCGUCCUGUCCUCUGGUCUUCAGCCUGCAGAGUUCUGCCUUAGUGCCGUUGGGUCUGAGCACCACCGUGGUCCUGCAGGGACGAAACCUGGACGUCUUCACGGACGAGGCUCCGUACGUUUGUGUCGUUGAGAUCGAAGGCGUCAAAAUCAACCUGACGGCCGAGGACACACGAGACAAUGAGACGCACACCUUCACCUGUACUACACACCAGUUCCAGUUCUCCGUGAGCCGGCUCCAGUUUUCAGCUCCUGUUUAUCUUCGUAAAGGACAAAGACGCAUCGACACCUCACCUGGACUCACACUCCAGCUCUACGACUGCUCCGCCGGCCAAUCAGAUUGCUCCCAGUGCAGGGCGGUGCCUGAGGAGUACGGCUGCGUCUGGUGUCCAGGUAGCCCCGCCCCCAGCUGCGUCUACAACCAGUCGUGCUCCGGCGUACCUGUGGACACCUGUCCUCCCCCUCAGAUCACAAAGGUGACGCCCGUCUCCGGUCCUCUGGAGGGCGGAGUCCUGGUGACCAUCACCGGGGCUAACCUGGGCAUGAGGUACCAGGAUGUGGAGGGCGGAGUCACGGUGGCAGGUGUUGAGUGUCUGCCUCAGCCUGAAGGAUACCAGAUCUCCACCAGGGUUGUGUGUGAGCUGCAGCCCAGUGAGAUCCAGACUCAGGGUCCCGUCCUGAUCACCGUGGGAACAAACCCCCCAGGGAGGUCCACACAGAUGUUCACCUAUCAGGAUCCUCAGCUCCUGGAUCUGGUUCCAGAUAAAGGUCCGAUCUCUGGAGGAACCCGGCUGACCAUCAGAGGGCGCCAGCUGCUGACCGGACAGACGUCGGAUCUGAGCGCCUUCCUGGGCCCUCAGCCCUGCUACAUUGUGGAGGAGGUGAAUGGAACCCACUUGGUGUGCCAGACCGGCGCCAGUAAUCGGACCGGGGAAGUUCCCGUCAGGGUUUUGUUUGGGAAAGCCGAGCGGACCGUCCCAAACCUCACCUUCCAAUACCUGGACGACCCCGUCAUCACCGACGCCGCCCCAGCAGAGAGCUUCUACGCCGGGGGGCGUGUCGUCACGGUGACCGGCAGGAACCUGGACGUGGUGCAGCAGCCAGUCAUAGCGGUGUGGGUGGAGCCUGUGGACGUCCAGAGGGUGAAACGCAGGAGACGAUUGGCUCUCCUCACGGCCAAGCAGCAGCUGGUCUUCAACAGCACCAUGACGACGGCGUCUGAGCGCUGCUCUGUCAGGUCGUCCUCUGAAAUGAGCUGCUUGACCCCUAAAGUGAGCCCAGAGGUGAAGGUUAAAGGCGUCUGGUUCCAGCUGGAUAACGUCAGAGUUCACUACGAGAGCAUCAAGGGUAAAAGCUUCUCUUAUUAUCCGGACCCACACUUAGAUCCUCUGAACAAAGAAGCUCCAGGGACUCCGUAUCAUUUCAAACCCGGGGGAGUGAUCGCUGUGGAGGGUAAGGACCUGACCACGGCCAUGACUAGAGAGGAGGUGAAAGCCUGGCUCGGGGACCAAGCGUGUGACGUGAAAACUCUGGACAGCACUCACCUGUACUGUGAACCCCCAGAGGUUCAACCCAGGAGUGUGGACGACAGCAAUGACCUGCCCAGCCUCAGGGUCGUCAUGGGAAACCUGGAGAAGGACUUGGGAUUGGUUCAGUACGACACCGACUCUCUGCUGCCUCCCGUCCCAUUGGCUGCUCAGAUCAGUUUGGGGGCGGGAGCAGCCGUCAUCAUCCUGUCAGUGCUGGUCGUCAUCCUCAUGUACAGGAGGAAGAGUAAACAGGCUCUCAGAGACUAUAAGAAGGUUUUGCUGCAGCUGGAAACUCUGGAGAUCAACGUAGGAGAUCAGUGCCGCAAAGAGUUCACCGACCUGAUGACGGAGAUGAUGGAUCUGAGCAGUGAUGUUGGGGGACCAGGGCUGCCCCUGCUGGACUACAAGACGUAUGCAGAGAGAGUCUUCUUCCCCGGCCAGCAGACGGCGCCGCUGAGCCGCCAGCUGGACCUGCCCGAGUCCAGGAGGCAGACUGUGGAGCAGGGUCUCCAGCAACUCAACAACCUGCUCAACAACAGGCUCUUCCUCACUCGGUUCAUCCACACCCUGGAGGCCCAGCAGGGGUUCUCUCAGAGAGACCGGGGUUACGUUGCCAGUCUGCUCACCAUGGCUCUGCACGACAAACUGGAAUAUUUCACCGAGGUCAUGAAGUGUCUUCUCCAGGACCUGGUCCAACAGUACGUGGCCAAAAACCCCAAACUCAUGCUGCGCCGGACAGAGACGGUGGUUGAGAAGAUGUUGACCAACUGGAUGUCCAUUUGCCUCUACUCCUUCCUCAAGGAGGUGGCGGGGGAGCCUCUCUACAUGCUCUACCGAGCCAUAAAGUAUCAGGUGGACAAAGGGCCAGUGGACGCUGUGACAGGAAAAGCCAAACGGACGCUCAAUGACAGUCACCUGCUGCGGGAGGACAUCGAUUACUGCGCCAUGACUCUGACGGUGUUGGUGAAGAAUGGAGUCGAGGUCCAACCGUGUCCUGUUAAGGUGCUCGACACCGACACCAUCACACAGGUGAAGGAUAAGAUCUUGGAUCAGGUCUACAGAGGAGCUCCGUUCUCUCAGAGACCAUCAGCAGACAGCCUGGAUCUUGAGUGGCGUUCAGGUCAGGCCGGUCACCUGACUCUGUCUGAUGAUGAUGUCACGGCGGUGGUUCAGGGACGCUGGAAGAGACUCAACACGCUGCAGCACUAUAAGGUUCCAGACGGAGCCACGGUGGCUCUGAUUCCUCGUUCUCAGAGUUCAGGAGGAGUCAACCAGGUUUUCCAGACUGGAGAGAAAACCCCGAUGCUGGAGGGUGAGGAGGAGGAGGGGCUCCGUCUGUGGCACCUGGUGAAGAGCAGUGAAGAUCCUGAGAUCCCCAAACACAGAAAGAGCAGCAUGAGGGAGAGAGAACGAGCCAAGGCCAUACCUGAGAUUUACCUGACCAGGCUGCUGUCCAUGAAGGGGACGCUGCAGAAGUUUGUGGACGACGUCUUCGUGGCGAUCCUCAGUACGAAGCGUCCUCCUCCGAUCGCCGUUCGCUUCUUCUUUGACUUCCUGGACGACAUGGCGGAAAAACACGAGAUCGACGACCCGGAGACCGUCCACAUCUGGAAGACUAACAGUCUCCCCCUCAGGUUCUGGGUCAACAUCCUGAAGAACCCUCAGUUUGUUCUGGACGUCCAGGUGACGGACAGCAUCGACGCCGUCCUGUCCGUCAUCGCUCAGACCUUCAUCGACUCCUGCACCACGUCUGAGCACAAAGUGGGACGGGAUUCUCCUGUCAACAAGCUGCUGUACGCCAGAGAGAUCCCCCGAUACAAACAGCUGGUGGAGAGGUAUUACAGUGACAUCCACAGCGCUGCAUCAGGCUGUUACCAGGAGAUGAACUCAACUCUGACCGAACUGUCUGGGAGUUUCGCCUCAGAGAUGAACACUCUAGUUGCGCUCCAUGAACUCUACAAGUACAUCAACAAAUAUUAUGACCAGAUCAUCAUGUCUCUGGAGGAGGACAGCUCUGGUCAGAAGAUGCAGUUAGCCUACCGGCUGCAGCAGGUCGCCGCCCUGGUGGAGAACAAGGUCACUGACCUCUGAUCUCCACCUUUGACCUGCAGAGACUGAAGCGGUGGAAACGACUGGACGACCGCGUCUUCCUGUGUGUGUGUGUGUGUGAGUGUGUGUGUGUGUGUGUGUGUGUGUGUGUGUGUGUGAGGUUUUUCUAGUCAGACUCAGGAGGUUUUUCAGAUUCCUUCUCAGCAGCAGAGAAACGUUCGCUAGCGUUGAGUCGAACUAACGUUAAAAUAACUGGAAACGAACCGACUGUGGUGGAGAACGACAAUCGAACCAAUCAGAUCAGGGAACAUCGCUGUCACCUGCUGCCUUGCACUACGUUUCCCAGAGUUCCCUGCUGUUCUGCUGUCUGUGAGCUAAAAAAAUAAAAGCACAAUUUAAAUAGUUUCUACUCUGAUCACAGACGAGCUGUUUUGUAUGUUUUGCCUUUUCUACUGAAACCAGCCGCUCUGACUCUGGAGAUGCCAAUAAGACGCAAUAAGAGGAUCAGGAUCAGGGAGCGUUUAAACCAGUUUUCAGUGUGACCCUGGUUUCUGAGCCGCAGCAGCAGCAUAGGAGUGAGGUUCUGUUCAGGACCUGAUCCAGUUCUUCCUCCUGACCGGGUCCAGUCCAGAACCCAGAGUCACACUGAACGUUUAAAACGUCAAAGUCGAACCUGCUGAAAAAAGAGCUGAUGAAAACAAUCAGAACCCUGGAGGAGCUGAAGAGGGAGUGUGUGUGUUAGCUAGUCACUAACUUAUUGUGUGUACAUACUGUGAGUCCUAUUUAUACUUAUUUAUCCCGGCUGUGCCUUCACUCCUGCAGCUCGGUGGCGCUGUCUGCUCAGACAGAGCCUCAUUGACCCUGGUUCCCAGUGUCUCGUGGGAAGAUAAAUUCUAAUGUUUAACUUUUACUGAACCAGGGAAGAAAAAACAAGAGUAGCCAACACAACCAUCCCGGAGCUACAAACCGCUAGCAUCACAACAAACAUGUCAUUAGCGUAAUAGCAUAACAGCCUCAGUCAUGUUCAAACAUUUUCAGAAAACAAGAAAAGCACAAUUCUUAGCAGCACCAGAAGUGAGAGAAGUAUUCCCAUUCUGCACUGAAGUAAAAGUACAGAUUCUCAUGUAAAAAUACCUGAAAAAUGUACUGAAGUGCAGUAAUGAAGUGUUUGUACUUCGUUACUUCCCACCUUUGAAAACGACAUUGGCAUUUUAAUUGAUAUUGUGACAGUAAUUCAAAGAAAGACUGCUAUGGCUGUUAGGCUAAUGACAUGCUACAGACCGCUAGCAUCACAAAGAAUCAAAACGUAAAACAAAUUAAAUCUUUUUUAUCAGAGCUUUUCAGGAUUUUAGAGAGACGUUCAGAACAGCUGCAUUUUUAAAAUUACUACUAUGUAUAUAAUAUCAGGUGUGCUAGCUGCGUGCUAGCUAGCUGAGUGCUAGCUGCCUGCUCUGACUUCUGAAAUGUGGCGGCUCUUUGGUUUAAUCUCAUAUAACAGUGUUAUUGUGAUUCUUCUUCUUCUUCUUCUUCUGAUAUUUCUCUGAAUGUCUUCUUUGCCUUGCGUGUUUUUUGAGCCUGUGUUUGACCCGUAGUUGUAGUUCUUUGGUCAGAAUAAACUUCUGCAUGCGUGUGAUGAUGAAUGAAACUUAAUGGUGCUUCUUCAGAAAAACUUUGUCUUCUUUUCUUUUAUUACUUUAUUUCUAAGACGAGUGGCGGGGCUUAAACACUGACGAUGAUGUCACCUGAUCUUUGAUUUUGUUUUUGUUUUUUUGUUUUUUACAAGGGAAAGUUUAAAGGUUUGUGUAAAAUAACUCCAGGAUCAGUUGUAAUGACGCUGAUUUUCUACUGACUGUGUACAGUUUGCUAACAUUGUGUAAAUGUGUCUGUAAAUACUUCCUGUCUGCAAAUGAUGAUGAUGAUGAUGAUGAUGAUGACGGCGAGUCAGUCUGGAAUGGAAAUGUGCUUUUUAUUGUGAGAAAGCAGAAGUCCAAACACAAUUUGUAUCAUGUAAAAAUAAAUUUCUAAUUUUAACAGGUU